GAGAUCUAUUGGAGGAAACUCCCACAGGGUAAUUUCCUGCACGGUCCCAGUGCUCACAUCAGAGAGGCGACCCAGUCUUUAAUGAUUGGAGCUUUCUUCUCAACAGAGCUUGCCUCGGAUGCUCUGAUCAAUAGCCACUGAGUAGUGACACUUCUUCGCUGUGGGGGGCGUCUUAAAAUCCAGAUAUGGUUUGAAGGGCAACUUCCCUAACCUGGAAAGGCAGUGGUACUAAGAGUCCGAGAGAUGGGAAGCAAUGCUGGGCAGAGGGUCUGGCCGCUCAAGAGGCAAGUAUUGUUUCCUUUCUUGGCGUCUUUGUUCUGCCGCGCGCUUUCAGAGCAGAUUCGCUACUCGAUUCCAGAGGAAAUGGCGAAAGGGUCGGUGGUGGGGAACCUGGCCAAGGAUCUGGGACUGGAGGUCCACGAUUUAUCCUCUCGGAAGCUCCGCGUUAGUGGAGAAAGAGAAUUCUUUAGUGUGAGCUCGGAGAGAGGAGAUUUACUUGUUAGGGACAGAAUAGAUAGAGAGCAGAUAUGCCCCCAAACAAGAGUUUGUGCUCUGACAUUAGAAACCGUAGUUGAAAAUCCCUUAAAUGUUUUCCAUGUUAACGUGGAAAUUGAAGACGUAAAUGAUAAUCCGCCCCAGUUCAGGAGAAACGUCAUCAAUUUAAACAUCUCUGAGUCUACCCUGCCAGGUGCGAAAUUUGCAUUAGAACCCGCCCAUGAUCCAGAUACAGGACUCAAUUCCCUACAAACUUAUUAUCUAAGCACGAAUCCUGUAUUUUCUUUCGAAGUAAAAAAGAAAAAAGAUGGCAGUAAAUAUGCUGAACUUGUGUUAGAGAAACUUCUAGACAGGGAAAAGCAAAGUUCCUAUCACUUGGUCCUGAGUGCUGUGGACGGCGGAAACCCAGCCCGAAGCGGCACCGCUCAGGUCAGAAUCAAUGUUUCGGACGCCAACGAUAAUGCCCCUGUCUUCAGCCAGGAUGUCUACAGGGUCAGUCUGCUGGAGAACCUGCCUCCAGGCUCCUUUGUGCUGCGUGUGACGGCCACGGACAAGGAUGAGGGAGUCAAUGCGGAAAUCACUUUUUCCUUCGACCGCUCUUCCCAAAGAGAAUGGCAAGUGUUUUCUCUGGAUCCAAAUAGCGGGGAAAUUACAACUCUAGAGAGCCUAGACUUUGAAAACACCAAAGACUACUCAAUGGUGUUGGAAGCGAAGGAUGGGGGAGGUCUGGUUACUCAGUGCACAGUAGAAAUUGAAGUUCUGGACGUAAAUGACAACUUCCCAGAAGUUAUAUUCACUUCUAUUUCCUCACUGAUUCCUGAAGAUUGUUCACCUGGGACAGUGGUAGCUUUGGUGAAAACACCAGACCGAGAUUCUGGUGUCAAUGGGUUGGUCACGUGCCACGUAGAGGAAAAUGCACCUUUCAGACUAGAAUCUUCUUCCAGGAACUACUACAAGCUGCUGACAGAUGGGCCCCUGGACCGCGAGCAGACCCCACAGUACAACAUUACAGUUACUGCUUUAGACAAGGGAAAGCCUCCUCUGUCCACCAGCAAAACCCUCACUCUCCACAUAGCUGACGUCAAUGACAAUCCUCCCGUUUUCCUCCAACCUUCCUACGUUGUUUACCUCCCUGAGAACAACCCCUCUGGAGCCUCCAUCACCAGGGUCUCAGCCUCUGACUCGGACCUAGAGGGGAACGGCCGAGUGUCCUAUUCCAUCGUCAGCAGUGACCUGGCCUCUCCACCUCUGUCCUCCUACGUAUCGAUCAAUAGCCACAGCGGGGCCAUCUUCGCUCAGCGCUCCUUCGACUAUGAGCAGGUCCGCACCUUCGAGUUGACGCUGCAGGCCUGUGACGCUGGUUCCCCGGUCCUUUGUGCCAAUGUCACCCUGCAAGUGUUCAUCUUGGACCGCAAUGACAACGCCCCAAACAUCCUCUACCCAGCCCUGGGGCCUGACAGAUCAGCACUCUUCGACAUGGUCCCCCGCUCUGCGGAGCCAGGAUACUUGGUCACCAAAGUGGUGGCGGUGGAUGCAGACUCGGGACACAACGCCUGGUUGUCCUACCGCGUUCUGCAGGCCACGGAUCCGGGACUCUUCAGCCUGGGGCUGCGCACCGGUGAGAUCCGGACUGCUAGGGCUUUGGCUGAAAGAGAUGCUGCCCGGCACCGCCUUCUGGUCUCUGUGCAGGAUGGAGGCCAGCCCCCUCUGUCGGCCACUGUGGCUCUGCAUCUGGUCUUCGCAGACAGUCUGCAAGAGGCAAUGCCGGAGAUGAAAGAGGAGCUCUCCCAAAAUUUAUCCACGCAAUGGAAAGUUAAUUUUUUUCUGAUCAUUGCGUUGGCUUUAGUAUCUUUUGUAUUCCUCUUGACUGCAGUGUUUGUGCUGGUUUUUAAGUGCCGAAAGCCCAAACAGCACUUAGCAUUGGAUUCUCUUCCCACUGACAUUUAUUCUAGCCUGGGACCCAGAGUCACCAACAAAUUCAGCAAUGGGACAUUAUCAUUGCCAUAUUCCUACGAGGUGUGUCUUGCCUCGGAUUCAGGACAGAGCGAGUUCACUUUUCUGAAGACAGAUCCAACAGAUUUGAAGGGCAAUCUCGAUGCUGAAAUCAGCUCCAGGGUUGGUGGUCAGCCUGAACUCAGGGAGCAGAAUUCUCCCUCUAAGCAAGCCCCGCCCAACACGGACUGGCGUUUCUCUCAGGCCCAGAGACCUGGCACCAGUGGCUCCCAGAAUGGUGAUGAAGGAGGCACCUGGCCCAACAAUCAAUUUGACACAGAGAUGCUUCAGGCAAUGAUCCUGGCUUCUGCCAAUGAAGCUGCUGAUGGAAGUUCGACCCUCGGCGGUGGUGCAGGUACCAUGGGGCUGAGUGCCCGCUAUGGGCCCCAGUUCACACUGCAGCACGUGCCUGACUAUAGGCAGAACGUAUACAUCCCGGGCAGCACUGCCACUUUGGCCAAUGCCGCUGGGAAGAGAGAUGGCAAGGCCACUGCAGGUGGCAAUGGAAACAAGAAGAAAUCUGGCAAGAAGGAGAAGAAGUAGGGUCAGCAUUAGGUCCCAAGCACAGGGCCACAGGGCAAACCCCCUCCCACCAAUCCAGCCUCCCUCCAGUUCCCUGAACCCUCAGAAUGUAGGGAAUCGCCCUCAGGCUGCUGGUGGGAGCUAUGGUGACCCCUCCCUCUUGGGAAAACACAAAUAAGUGCCCUGUGAAUACCCUCUUCUGUGCCUCCAAAGGGAUUGAAUAUGCAAAGGGGGUACUGCCAGGAGUCCCCAAUACAAAUGCUGUGCCCAUGGGAACAGUACAGAUACAGAGAUUCAUAUAUAACUCCCCUCCUUUCCUCGAUCCCUAGCUUAGAAGCCCCAGUUACAUUCCCCCCCCCAUCAGUUAGGUUGACUCUGCCUCCCACUCCCAAACCUCUAACUUCCUGCUCUCUUCUUUUGGGUAUUAUGGGGUGUUAUGAGAACUUAGGCUGAGUGGCCUUAAGAUCUGGGGAGUGGGGGCAGAACUGUGCUCAUCUCAUACCUGUGGAGAGUUGUGGGAGCACAGCAACCUCUGACUCCUAUUUUCUAAACCAACUUCAAAUAUUUUAACUUCUCUACUUACUUUUACAUGGACUGGGUUUGGAGAAAAUCUUCCAGUAAACAGGGACCAGGGUUGCAUUAUAGGACCAUUCUCUUCAGAGUUCCUGUCUCCUAUUCUUUCUCCACCCCUCAGCAAAAGAAUCCAUUGCAUGUUGGGAAAUAGCAUGGCAUGGUGGGAUGAGUAGGGAGGGUAUAGGGAGGGGGGACCUUUCCACUAGAAAGAAAGACAAAUCUUUGGUCAGGGUCUUGAAGGAGGCUCCUACUAGUUACUGGAUGGGCUCCCUGAACUAAUCAAGCCCCCAUAUUCUGGAACUGUCAUGGAGCCAAGCACCCUAUGGACAAGAGAGCUCUGGGUUGGACCUAGUCCCGUGGAUACAAAGCCUCAGACUUCUGGCUCUGGGAUAUGUCACUUUGGCCAUAGGGGAUUUAAAGGGAACCAAAUGGCAUCAAAAUGAGAUUGAGCUCUUGGUCCUGAUAUAUAUGUGUAUAGGGAUAUGUGUGUGGUAAUGUGUAAGUGGGGGGGGGGGGAGUUAAGAGAGGGGCGAGGUAAUUAAGGCUAGGUCAUCUGGACAUAGAUGAAGUUGCUACAGGCAAUCCAGGCAUAUGAAUACUCUGUUAUUUAUCAGGUAGGAUAAGCAGAAAGGGUCAGUGUAGGCCAGUUCCAGGGCAGUUUGACCAGUACAGGAAGCCACACACACCACACUCCCCCUCAAAGUUUCUGCAUGAUGGUCAGAUAUGCUCUCUAUCCCCAAACACUAGGAAAGAGACCCAGGAGCAGAGAGACAGAUGGUCAGGGGAGGGAGGAGGGGCUUUCCUGUAGCUCCCCAUGAACUUCAUAUUCCCUCACCCUCUCAGGUGCCAUUUAUUCUACUUUGCCACUCCCUACCCUUUUCCAGAAUUUCCUGGAGCCUGGGUAAUGCUCCCCACCGCUUCGAUCUCCACCUUCAUAUUGUCCUGACCCUGACCCAACUGGGGCUGUCCUAGUCCUGUUUACACAGAGGAGACCCUCCCACAUUUCACCUCUCUUUAGUGUAGUGAGUAGUGACCCUGACCACAAUCUUUGAGCUGGUGUAGAGUAGCCCGUGUGUAGCUAGUGCCGUGUGCCCGCUUCUGUGAUGACGAGCGGACAGCAGUAUUGGGGCUUUGUCUCCGGCUGCUCCCGCUCCGUUCCGUGCUGUGCUUUACGCUGUGUCUGUGUGCUACAGCUCCCCCUCCCAGCCCAGUCUAGCUUUCCCAGUACUGACCUCUGUGCUCCUUCUAUAGAAGCUUCCCUCGAAUAGCCACGUAGCGCCCACCGCCCCCGCCAACCCCACCCCAUACACGCAAGUUUUAUACUCUAAUAUUUAUAUAGCUUUUUUCUUUGGGAAAAUAAUAAAGUGGUUUCUUCUGAA